CGUUUCCGCCUUACUGCGAGGUUUUUCCCAUCUUGCGCACCGUAGCUGUAUUGUGUUUGCGUUGUUCUGUGCGAGCUGGUGUUGAGUGCGGUGCAGGUAGAGUUUCAGAGGAGAAUGGCACAGAAUGUUCAGAACGUCACCCUGUCUCUGACUCUCCCCAUAACGUGUCACAUCUGUCUGGGCAAGGUGCGCCAGCCCGUCAUCUGUGUCAACUACCAUGUUUUCUGUACUGUUUGUAUUGAAUUGUGGCUGAAGAACAAUAGCCAGUGCCCUGUCUGUAGGGUGCCCAUUACUGCUGAGAAUCCCUGUAAAGACAUAAUAGGUGGAACAGGCGAAAAUGAAUGUUCUCUCGAUCAUUCAGUUCGGAAACACUUGCGUAAAACCAGACUGGAACUUCUUCACAAUGAAUAUGAGGAAGAAAUCGAAUCACUGUUAAAAGAGCUAGAGGAGCUGAAACAAAAGAAUAUAAUAUUGGAAAGAGAGCGGAGUCCCACCACAACUGUCUCUUUGGGCAUUGACUGUAACUGUGGAACCAAAUUGAGGACUGAGAACACCAGUUCAGAACAGACUACAUCAGAGAAGUGGAAGAAGAAACUUGAAGAAACAAAUGCUGCAUCCAGAAAACUUUCAGCUGAUGUGGAAAAGCUAAAAGAGGAAAAUGCAAAGCUAAUAAAUGAAAACAUUGAUUAUGUAAGAGAGAAUUUUCGACUUAAAACUGAAGUAGACAGCAGAUCACCACAAAAGUUUGGUAGAUUUACAGUGGCUGCCCUCCAUGCUAAGAUUGACCAGUAUGAAAAGGAAAUGAACAGGCUAAAAAAAGCUCUUGAGAGAAGUGAUAAGUACAUAGAAGAACUGGAAGUGCAGGUGGACCAGUUGAAAAGGGCUGCAGAUCUGAAACAGGAUGAGAGCUCACAGAAUGAAAAUUCAGUCCAUGAUAAAGACACUGUAAAUUCUGAAAUAGGUUGUACAGAACUUUAUGAAGGAGUGAAACUAGAACAAAUGGGUGAGAAACCUGAAAAACAUGACAUAAAUAAAGAGAAUUCCAGCGAUACAUGCCCAGCUGCAAAUAAUGAAAAAUCACAUGUACACAGAUCAGAAUAUCUUACGCAGACAGGGUGCUCCCUUAAUUUUCAAAAGGAGCGUAAAAUGUUUCUAAGUAGCGGUUCUGCCAUGUGGAAGGAGAGCAUGAAGGGUCCACAUGAUAAUAUCACAUCACAAAAUAAGCAAACGGAGACUUACACGCCAACUAAAGAAAAAGAAAUCCAUGAGUACAAUAGUCCAAGCACAUCGCUGUCUUUCAGCUCUCUUCAGCUAAACAGUCCGGACUGUAAAUUGUCUCUUCCAUCAAAUCAAGUGAAUGCAAAAAAACCCUUAACUUAUCUUAGAAAAUUAGUUUUUGAGGACUAUCCUAAAAAAGGAAAACCAAAUAGUUUUUCCAGUGCAAAUAAUAAUAUACCAAAACCUUUUAAUGAACAAAAAUCUGAAUAUAUGACUUGUGAAGUCAAACAUAAACAUCAGAGAGGUAACCUAAAGGAAAGUGACAUGCAAUCAGAAGGCCAGAUACUGCAAGCAUUUUCUUUACCAAGCAGUGGUGAAGUGCAUCACACCACAACCACCAGUGAAAGUCCCAUGGAUACUUUUUUACAUAAUGUCAACAAUCUGGAUUCCUUGAUGUCAACAUUGGAAGGCAAUAAAAGCCUUCAUUACCACAGUGUUACCGCUGAUGCUGUCAUGCAUUUAAAUUCACAGCCAGGGAAUGGACUUCAAGCCUUUUUUUCAAAUCCACAUACUAGGGACGGACAUUUUCCUCUUGAAAGUCAAUCUUCCGAUAAGUCUCACAUCAAUGAUUUUCACACAAGUGGGAGGACUUCAAGUUUGGUGCUGCCUUUUAAUGAUAUGCCACAGAUUAAAUAUCAAAAUACAACGGAGUCCUCUAAUAUUCUCACAAACUUAAAUGCUUCAGAGCUAGCUAGUAAUUCCUGUUGUACAUCUUACACUAAUAAUAAGCAUGGCCCUGCAUCAAAACGAAAGCUCCUUAAUACCAUAUGUGAAAGUCCACCUAAGACCAUGAAGCCAUAAAUUUGUUUCUUUCAUGGAAACAUCAUGGGAAGUAACUGUUUCAUCAUGCCAAUAAUACAGUACUUUAUUUUUAUCCUUGAAGGAAAAUGUUAAAGCUUUAGCACAUUUUUAAGCAUUCCAAAAAGUUGCAAUGAAAUAAUGUUUUUUGCAGAUAAGAGACAUUAGGCCAAUGUAUAUAAUUAUCUAUUACAAUUACAUAUAGUCUGUGAUAUCGCCCUUGUUGUCUUUGGUGGUUAAAUAAUGGGAAAUAUAAAACUUUUGGUUUUUUGAUUUCUCUGGCUAUUUCUUUACCCACUUAGUAUACUUCUCCCUCAAACCUCCUGGCAUUGUGACCUGCUUUAUCUUACUCUUGUUUCUAAGGCUGAUGACAUGGUGUGCUUUUCAGCCCAUUGCCUCCUGCUGCUCCCAUGUCAAUGGAGCCCAUAAAAGGUCUUUUUUGUUUGCGUGUGUUUCAGCCAGCUUAGAAACAUCAUAUGUGCCAUUUUUUUUUCACCUUUGGCAUUUUUAUUCACAUUACAUAUCAACAAGUU